GUGUGAUGCCCAACAAACAAAUUAAAUACCCACCUAAACAUUUGAAUUUCUUCUUCUUAUUGAUAUAUGAAGAUGAAGAAACCUUGUUUUCAUAUCAACAAACUCCUAAUUUCAUUAUUCCUCAUCUUCUCAUUACUUCUUGAAGCAGCAGUAGCUGCAGCAACCUGCUCCAAUGGACCUUGCAAGGUGGGAGAUGAAUGUUCUUCAAGUGAAGAUUGUGGAGAUGGAUUGUACUGUUUUUCAUGUAUACCAACAUUCUUUGGUGGCUCCAAAUGUGUUAGAUCUACUUAUACCAAUCAAUUCAAACUUUUGAAUAAUUCAUUGCCAUUUAAUAAGUAUGCAUAUCUAUCAACCCACAAUUCAUUUGCUAUUGAAGGAGAGCCCUCUCAAACAGGAGUUCCACGAGUAACUCUUAACAAUCAAGAGGACACAAUUUCUCAACAACUCAAUAAUGGGGUUAGAGCUUUCAUGUUGGAUACCUAUGAUUUUCUUGGAGAUGUUUGGCUAUGUCAUUCCUUUGGAGGAAAAUGCUACAAUUACACUGCAUUUGAACCAGCACUGAACACACUGAAGGAAAUAGAGGCUUUUUUAGAAGCAAACACUGAAGAGAUUGUCACGUUGAUCUUAGAAGAUUAUGUUCAAUCUCCCAAUGGAUUGACCAAGGUAUUCACCAAUGCGGGGCUAAAGAAAUUCUGGUUUCCGAUCACGAACAUGCCAAAGAAUGGUGAGGAUUGGCCUCGAGUCUCUGACAUGGUUGCUAACAACCAAAGGUUGCUUGUUUUCACAUCAAAUAACACAAAGGAAGCAGCAGAGGGAAUAGCAUAUCAAUGGAAUUACAUGGUUGAAAAUCAGUAUGGGAAUGAUGGAAUGAAAGAAGGGAGUUGUUCAAACAGGGGAGAAUCAUCAAGACUUGAUGACAAGGGAAAAUCACUAAUUUUAAUGAACUAUUUUCCAACAGUUCCAUUGAAGAUAGAAGCAUGUGUGGAUAAUUCUAAGAAUUUAUUAGGCAUGCUUCAAACCUGUCAUGGAGCAGCUGGUAACAGAUGGCCCAAUUUUGUGGCUGUUGAUUUCUACAAGAGAAGUGAUGGAGGAGGGGCAUUUCAAGCUUUGGAUACUUUGAAUGGGAAGCUCUUGUGUGCUUCACAGGACAUUCAUUCCUGUGUGGGGUAAAGGAUCUAUCAACAAUAAUUAUUAUAUGUUUGUAGCUUUUUGGAGUAUAUUUAAAAAAAAUAUAUUUAUUAAAAAAUUUAAUUCUCACUUAGGUCAUGUUUACCCUAAUGAAAACGUAAUAGAUCAACGAGCAUAAAGAAAAUGAGUUCUCGUUUGAUUACUUUUGAAGUUAUUUACGUGUGUUAUGCGAUUGUGUACUGAUACAUAGGUCCACAUCCAAAUAUGUAACAAAAUAACACAAUUUGAUUGAUGAGUUGAAGAUGCUCAAUUUGAUUA